CAGUGGUCGCCCUGGUCAUACUCGUCGCUGGCAGCAGUGGUCGCCAGGGGUGUUUGGCUCCCAGGCUCCGUCAUGUCAACACCUGAGGAAGCGGAACAAUUGCUGGGUGAAGCUGUCAUCUCGUCGCCGUACCUCUUCAGCAUGAUUGAAUCGUGCUCGAAGAAGCGGAUGGUGUUUGCCAUCGUCUGUCUUAUAGGGUUAUCAAUACUCGUGUUAAUUGUGGAGAAUAAACUGGCUCCCAAUGACACUCGACCUCAUACCCAUACGACACAACACCCAAAUAUCACUCAGCGGGAAUUGUGUUGGAUGCGAGAAGAAAUGGAAGAAUUGGAAGAGUGUCAGCCUUGCACUAACUUAGAAAUCAAGAGUGGUAGUCCAGCAGUUUGUGCCUCUGCAAGUUACCGCCAAAAAGUCAAAUGUAUGAAAACUGGAGAAGUGUUUCGAAAAUGUGAUCGUGUGGUGUGGCUUGAAGAGCGACACUUCUGGACGUUUGAGGCUGUGAUGGGCGCAGUUGGUUUUGUGGCUGGACUUGCAACAAUGGCUAGACAAAAAAUACUAGAUCAUCGUGUUGUACAAAGAAUACAGCGACAGGUGGCUGCAGGUGUUUGAUUAGUUAUUUACAUUUUAGAAAGCACAUACAGGUACUGUACUUUAGACAUUAUAUCUAGUAUGUUGGUUCACUUAUAUUUUAUUGCAUCUGCACGGUUGAUGUUAGAAAUUAUGCUCAUGAUGGUAAAUCAGAAUAUCAAAAUGUUUUACAUUAUUAACCACUAAAAUAUCAUUUUUAAUUUGACUGAUGGUUUAAUCAUGUAGCCAAGUUAACAAUCACAGGCACUUUAGUAUUGUUUUAGAGUUGAUGAAAGUGGCUUUAUAUUUACAUAAAUCCUAAUACAAUUUGUGUAAGAAUCCAAAAAGUUUUACCCAAAUUUUUUAUUUUCUGUAUUUUAUUUCCCUGGGCAUCACUUUUGCAGCUACUGUAUAUAUGUUGUAAAUUAUUUAUUUGUAUAUUGUAGUUAUCUACAGACAUCCUAUACAUACUGUAGUCUGUGUAUACAAGCUCGAGUUUAGUGAACUUGUUUUCGAUAAUAAAUAAAUUUAAGAAUUGUACUCGCUAAUGGCAACCAGUCACAAAGCCAUUGAACAUUUGUAUGUUGUAUUAUCCUAUGUUACAUCAAUAUUGAUGAAGGCCCAGCUGUUGGUAAUUUAUGUCUCUCAGGCUACAGACUAGCAUUAGGGAAGCAGUCUGUAUGAUUAGUAUUUAUGAAGCAGUUUUUAUGGUAGAUUUUUUUUUUUGUAGUGCUCAGUGGCUUAGUGUCAUUUAUUUACCCACUCAGAUAAUCCACUUUAGUUUUGUUAUCAGUGGGAGGAUUUCUUAGUGUAAUGUUUUAUAAUAGUUUUGCAUCUUCUUUCUACGCACAGGUCUCAAAGUUCAUUAUGUGUUACAUUGGGCACGAUGGUGAUUUUGUUUAAUUUGACUCUAAACAGAGUAAACAAGAAAAUAUGGCUUCCAAUGGUAUAUAAUGUUGCACUCUUAGAAUUGCAGUUAGAUUUUUUUCAUGAUGUAUUUUUAUUUUGGAGGAAAUUAAAUGAAGCACACAAAAAUUACUUUUGUAUUGAUAAUAUUUACUAUAGGCAUCCCAACCAGACCCAGUAUUGAGGGGUGUCAUAUUUGUCUGGUACAGUAUGGUUGAAAGUGUAAUCAAUUUGUCUUCAGAAAGCUGCUCUUGUUUUAAGGGUAAAGCUAAAUUUUCUGCCAUAAAAACUUAUUCUUAAAAUUGUCUUUGCAUCCGUGAAUGAUCAGACAUUUUUACCAAAUACUACUGUAAGAUGUAACAGUGGUACAGUAAUUAUUUUGGAAAUUGCUGGAUUAGCUUAUUUUAAUGUGAAUCUGUAGUUGAAUGAUGGUUUCGUGUAGACGCCAGACUUGAGUUGUGGCAUUUUUUGCUUCAAGUGACAUCAUUGUGAGAAUGAGCUCCAGAUAUAACAAGUUCUUCUGUCUUGGUCUUAAUUCAAGUGGCAUUGUUUAACAUGAUGCAUGGAUGCAGUAAUCUAUAUAUUUAACACCUAUGUAACACUGUACUGUACCUAUAAGAAUGAAAAUCAUAAUCUGUUAUUCAUUACUGCAGUCAACAUGAGCCUGUAAUCAUUAUUCAUCACUAUAUUCCUUUAGAACGUGUUGAUAUUCAUCACUACAGUUCUGAAUUUGUACUUGGUAUUCAUUACAGGUCAGCUGACCUUGUACUAGAAUUCACACUGUACUGUAUAGCUGUGCAUGAUGCAACAAAAUGGUUCCUUAUUUUAAUUAGGUGUGUGUGAGUGACUGUAACUGAAUUGAUAUUUUAGCCAAAGUAGCUGCCAAAAUUUUGUGUUAAUCACUGCUGUACCAUAUUAACAUUUAGAAAGAAAUGUUUGGUAUACAAGAUAUUUCUAGUUCAAUAUACUGUACUGUAUAUUGAUGCUAUUUUAUAUUUUAUAUAUUUGUCAGGCUGUUGCAAGUUUACUAGAAAAUAUAUUUUAUUAAUCAUGUUUUUAUAAUAUUUUAUUGUUACAAAAGCAUGUACAUUGUAGUUACAUUAAGAAAAGUUAGUACUGUAUCUCCAUGUUUGUCCUCUACAUUUAAAAAAUCUUACUCAAUGUAUUUGCUGGCUAUUGAGAUGCUGUUUCCUAUUGGAUUCCACUUGAACUUUGAAGGAAAUACUUGGGGAAAAAAUUGCAUUCAGAUUAUAAACAAGGAUACAUUGGUUCCACACACACACACACACACACACACACUGCAGUACCAAUUUCCUUAUACCAUACAGUACUGUAUUUACUUGAAUAAAACUUUGCGUACAUAAAUCUCCAUACUGUAGUUUCACAUUCAAUUCUCUCGUACUCUCGUCUCGCUCUCGCCUCGCUCUUCUUUCUUUUGCUUUGCUCUCAACUCGCUUGCCUCACUCUCAUCUCACAUCUUACUCAACUUGUUUAACUCUUACUCACGCUUUUAACAUGCUUAUAAUGAAAACAAAUAUCAAUAAAAUAGGCUGGUUGCUUGCAUAUGAUGCAGUAUGCAUCUUAGCCUCUUAGACCUGGCAUCCCCAAAGCAAUACAUUUAAUUUCUGAGGGGCAGUGUUGGUCCACCUGCAGAGGUAACCUGAAAAUGUAUGAGGACUAGCUGUGAAUGUGAUGACUGACUGUGGACUGUAUAUGUGAAUUGAUGACUUACGUUUUUGGGAUUGAGGAUUGUAUCAGGUGACUGUGUCCAAUGACUGUGGCUGCCAUGGUAUCAAUUUAAUCUGAGCUGUAAAAAUAAAAUACAUAUUGUGCAAAUUUGCAGUCAAAAUUGUGUUUUUUUUUUUUUUUUAAUGAAAAAUACAUUGAUUAUAUUAAAAUGUAGAAUAAGUUCUAGUAUCAGUCGAGAGUAAUAGAGACUGGUAAUAUAGCUAAUAUAAUAUUGCAUUCCGUCCUCCUAUAGGAGGAAAGAAUGAAAGCGAAAUCUUUGAUCCAUUAGCCAGAGGGGGAAUAUCUUAGGUUUGCUGCAGGGAUAAAAAUGCAUCUUGUAUGUCUGCAUGUACAGUAUGUUAAAACCAGAAUGUCUCGCAUUCAAAACCAGAUACAGUAUCAUAAUAGGAGCAAAACCAUAGUGCCAAUUUAUUAUAAUAUGCUACUUGUGGAAGAGGACUAAAUUAUUUCUGUGUUUAAUUACUGUCUGGUAAAAUAAAACUGAUAACAGCAAGGAAAUUGUAAAUUUCUUACAUUCAUAGUAAAAGUAAAAUUCUAA